AUGGCCAAGAAGGCGGCAAAGCGAAUAAAGGCGAAUGUGAAGGCGAAGCUAGCGGAGGAGCAGGCGGAGGAAGAGGAUCAAGCGGAGGCGGAGGCGCAGGCGGAGGGACAGGGGGAGGGGCAGGCGGUGAAGCAAGCUGCGAAGCCUCAGGGGAAGCAAGCGGAGAAGCAGGCCACGAAGCAACCGGAGGGACCGGUUGAAGGACAAGCGGCGAAGAAGACGGAAGGGCAGGCGGCAAAGAAAGCGGAGGACGAAGCCCAGAUGCAGGCGGCGAUGCAGGUGAAGGAGCAGGCGGAAAAGCAGGCUGUGGGACCGGCGGAAAAGCAGGUGAAGGAGCAGGCGGAAAAGCAGGCUGUGGGACAGGCGGAAAAGCAGGUGAAGGAGCAGGCGGAAAAGCAGGCUGUGGGACAGGCGGAAAAGCAGGUGAAGGAGCAGGCGGAAAAGCAGGCUGUGGGACAGGCGGCGAUGCAGGUGAAGGAGAAGGCGGAAAAGCAGGUGAAGGAGCAGACGGAAAAGCAGGUGAAGGAGCAGACGGAGAAGCAGGCUGUGGGACAGGCGGAAAAGCAGGAAAAGCUGACAACUGUAGACAAGUUGAACAUGCAGGCCCAGCAAAGCCAGGACGUCGUCACCGCGCUGAGGGAAUCGGUGAAGCGGUAUGCUGACGAGCAGCGCUCGGCCUUGGAGACGAUGAGUUCGCAGGUGCUACGGAGCCAAGGGGCUGUCCAGGUGGCACAGGAGUCGAUUCAGCGGUACGCUGAGGAGCAGCGCUCAGCCCUGGAGAAACUGAUUGCGCGGGUGCAUGAGAGCCAGGAGGCCGCAAAGGGGCUGCGGGAGUCCGUGAAGGGGUACGCGGAGGAGCAUCGCGCAGCCUUGGGCAAGUUGAACGCUCAGGCCCAUAAGAGCGAGGAGGCCAUACGUAAUCUGCGGGGAUCGAUAAAGCGGUACGAGGCGGAGCAGGCGGCAAAGGAGGCGAAACAGGCGGAGGAGCAUCGCGCGGCGGUGGGAAAGCUGAUUGCCAAGGUCCACAAGAGUGAGGAGGCCGCACGUCAUCUGCGGGUGACUAUGAAGCGGUACGAGACGGAGCAGGCUGCGAAGCAGGUGAAGCAGGCGAAGGAGUAUCGCGCAAUGCUGGAGAAGCUGAGUUUGCAAGUCCAUCAGGCCCAGGAGGCUGCCAGACGUGUGAGGGGAAGGCACGUGUACGACGCACCGUUUGGAAUUGCCGGGGGAAUUGCAGGGGAAACGGGAGUGCACAUAGACUUGACAUCAGGACGCGCAGAGUCGUUCUUUGCAAAGUAUUUCUCAAUUACCUGA